CUUGUCGGAAUCUCUCCCUCUCUCUCACCGUAAAACCAUCUUUCAACAGAUUGAUUAAUGUAGCGGUUCGUAUUAUGCUCGCGAGAUCAAACCUUGCUCUACACCUGAGGAGAAGAAGAUCACACUCUCUCCCUACACCCUCCCGCUACCUCAGCAGCGGCGCCGGCGAUCAAAAAGAUGCCUCCUUCUCCGAUUCACCCAACGAAUGGGAGAAUCUUCUCAAACCCUACGACCUCUCCUCACUCUCAAACUCCCACCCCAAGAUCACACCUUCGCAGCUCUCCACCCUCCUCGCCCUCCCCCUCGACGUCCCCACAUCCCUCGCUCUCUUCUCCCGAACCGGCUCCCAACCGGGAUACCGCCACACCUUCCUCUCCUACCAAACCCUAAUCCGCAAGCUCGGAUCCCAAUCCGAGUUCGAAGCCAUCGACACACUCCUCCUCCAGAUGAAACGAGAAGGAAUCUGCUUCAAAGAAUCGAUCUUUAUCUCGGUCAUGAGAGACUACGCCAGAUCCAAUCUCCCCGGACAGACCACGAGGCUGCUCCUGGAGAUGCGGAGCGUCUUCUCCUGCGAACCCACUUUCAGAUCCUACAACGUCGUUUUGGAGAUUCUUGUCUCCGCAGGCUGUUACAGAGUCGCAGCCAACGUGUUCGACGAUAUGCUCAGCAGAAGAGUCCCCCCGACGCUCUUCACUUUCGGUGUUGUGAUGAAAGCUUUAUGUUCAGUUAACGGGAUUGAUUCUGCUUUGUCUCUCCUUAGAGACAUGACGAAACAUGGGUGUGUCCCUAACUCGGUGAUUUACCAGACGCUUAUACACUCGUUGUCCAAGUGUAGUAGAGUGAACGAAGCGCUUCAGCUUUUGGAAGAGAUGCUUUUAAUGGGCUGUGUGCCUGACGCUGAGACGUUUAAUGAUGUUAUCUUUGGGCUUUGUAAGUUUGAUCGGAUCAACGAAGCUGCGAAGAUGGUGAAUAGGAUGUUGAUGAGAGGGUUUGCUCCUGAUGAUAUAACCUAUGGUUAUUUGAUGAAUGGGUUGUGUAAGAUAGGGAGAGUUGAUGCUGCUAAAGAUCUGUUUAGUAGAGUUCCGAAACCUAAUAUUGUGAUCUUCAACACUCUUUUCCACGGGUUUGUAACUCAGGGGAGGCUUGAUGAUGCUAAAUCUCUUUUGUCUGAUUCUCAUGGUCUUGUUCCUGAUGUAUGCACGUUUAACUCGUUGAUCUAUGGAUACUUGAAGAAAGGUCUUGUAGGCUUAGCGUUAGAGGUUUUUCGCGAUAUGAGGGUUAGAGGAUGUAAGCCUAACGUCUUCUCUUAUACCAUCUUCUUUGAUGGUUUCUGCAAAUUAGGACGGAUAGAUGAAGCCUUCGAUGUUCUGAAAGACAUGUCCGCUGACGGGUUGAAACUCAACACUGCUGGUUACAACUGUUUGAUAUCUGCUUUGUGUAAAGAGCAUCGAGUCUCCGAAGCCAUCGAUGUUUUCAAAGAGAUGCCGAGUAAAGGGUGUAAGCCUGAUGCGUAUACGUUCAAUACGAUGAUAGCUGGACUCUGCGAGGUCGAUGAGAUCGACCACGCCUUGUGGCUGCAUAGAGACAUGAUCUCAGAAGGUGUGGUUGCCAACACUGUUACUUACAACACCUUGAUCAAGGCCUUUCUAAGAAGAGGGGAGAUUAAAGAAGCUCGUAAGCUGGUCAAUGAGAUGGUUUUCCAGGGCUCUCCGCUUGACGAGAUAACGUAUAAUGGUCUUAUAGAAGGCCUGUGCAGGGCCGGGGAGGUUGAUAAGGCGAGGAGCUUGUUCGAGAAGAUGUUGAGAGACGGGGUUGUACCGAGCAACAUCUCAUGUAACAUACUUAUAAACGGGCUGUGCAGGAACGGGAAGGUGGAGGAAGCGGUUGAGUUUCAGAAGGAGAUGGUUCACAGGGGGACCACGCCGGACAUUGUGACGUUUAACAGUUUGAUAAACGGUCUGUGCAGGGCUGGGAGGAUUGGUGAUGGUGUGGCGAUGUUUGAGAAGCUUCGGGAUGAAGGGAUAUCGCCUGAUACGGUGACGUAUAACACUUUGAUGAGUUGGUUGUGCAAAGGAGGGUUUGUGGAUGAUGCUUGUUUUCUUCUGGAGGAAGGUGUCGAAGAAGGUUUUGUUCCGAAUUUUAGAAGUUGGUCCAUUUUGUUGAGGAGUCUUGUCCCCCAAGAAACUUUAGAUAGACAAAGGUUUUAUGAAGUAGUUCUCUGAAGCUAAAUGAUUAAGAGAGAAGCUAGUUGAGUUUAAUGUAACUGUGUGUAUUAUUAUCUUGUGGUUUUCAUUCAACUAAAUGUCCAUUGGGCUACUGUUAAGGCCCAUGUUUUGAACAUAUAUCAGUAUUA